CCAAUUUUUUACAUUAACAGCACUUAAAAUUCUUUUUUUACCUUCUCUUCCUCCCCACAAACCCCAAAUCCCCACAUUCGAAACCCUAAUUCCUCUCUCUCUCCAAUCUACCCCAUCCUCCUCAUACCACCCUCCACCACAACAUCAACCUACAAAGAUGGAGCAUUCAUGGCGUCCCCGACCGCCGCCGCCGCCAAUCCAAGGUAAUAACACCUGCCCAACUUGCUCAAUCUCUCACUUUCCAUUUUGCCCCCCACCCCUCCCGUUCACUCAAAACCCUAGCUUUCUCUCCCCCACCCCUCCCCCCUUCCAAAGACCCUUAUUCGAUCCCUUCCUCGACCCUCCCCCGCCGAACGUCAAUCUCCACCGUCCCUUUCCGGAUGAUCGGCUCGUAGAUCCACGGCCUUGGCAUAGAAACCCUAGUUUCGAAGACUCUGUUAUGGUUCACGGGGGUUAUAGGGACGGUUUUGCCUCUGAUAGAUUUGAUCACGGGGGUACGGGUUUCAAGAGGAUGAGAGUUGAUGAGAUGGGAAGGGGCGCUUUUGCGAACGAUGACGCAAUGAAUCCGCCGCAUACUUCAAUGGAUAACGAGCGUAGGUUGAAGUUGAUUCGCGAUCACGGUGGCGUGGCUGGUGAUUGUGUGGCCGAAGGGUAUUUGAGGGGAAAUAUGGUUUUCGACAGGGGUUUUGGUGGUAUUGAUAGUGCAGAGAGUGGAAGAUUCGAUGAGUUGAGAGGUGGUAGGAAUGGUAUGACAUUGAAACCGCAUAGUAAUUCUGAGAUGAAUGAGUUUCGGGAUCCUAGAUUUGGUAAUUUUGAUAGGAAGGGGUCGUAUUUUCACUUGGAGAACCCGCAUAAGUAUGGAGGAGAACAAGAGAAUUCGCGGGCUUAUAGAAAUAAUGAAGAAUUUGGGCAAUGCCAAUAUGGGCAGCCUAAUGGACAUACUCGACAAAGGUCGGAUGCGGAAGCCCUUUAUUAUGAAGGAGAAAUUCAGCAUUACUCGAAUUUGGGUAACAGCUAUCCUCAGAGUCAACAGGGUGGUAGUUUCUCAACAGAGAACCGUAAUCGUAACCAUCAUAUGUUGCAGCCAUAUGCAAUGCAGAAUCCUAUGCAGCUGAACCAUGAUAUUCAUUCUCACGGCCAACUAAAUGAUAGGAGUGGAAAUCAAUAUUUAAACAGACAAGAUGGUUAUGUAUCUCUUCCGUUCGAUAAUACGAAUACGCUGCAAGCUUCUCGAAUGGUUAAUGUCCAGCCUCCUCUUCCUGCUUCACCACCGCCACCUCUUCCAGUGGACCCUCCUGGGCACCCUUUAUCUGGGCCACAUGCCUCGUCUUCACCAGCUAUAACACCCUCUUCAUUAUUUCCUAUUGCUGUUAGUUCUGCACCUACCAUGCCUGCAUCGUAUGCUUCAGUUGCUGAAACCAACUCGUUGGCGCGACCGUAUUUCCAUGGUAGAUCACGUCUUCAUUCUUCAACUAGCUUUGCUACUGAGGAAUUUCAAAACAAUAGUGGUAGCAAAUAUCUGGGACAGAGUCGCCCUCUUCCACUCACAUCUUCAGACAAGCCCAAAGCUGUUGAUGCAUCUCACAUAUUUAAGCAGCCACAUCGAGCAACCCGUCCUGAUCAUAUUGUGAUAAUCCUCCGGGGGCUUCCAGGUAGCGGAAAGAGUUACUUGGCAAAGAUGCUGCGUGAUCUUGAGGUUGAAAAUGGUGGUGAUGCCCCAAGAAUCCAUUCCAUGGAUGAUUACUUCAUGACUGAAGUAGAAAAGUUGGAGGAAAGUGAUGUUUCAAAGUCUUCAAGUUCUGUGAGAGGAAAGAAACCAGUUAUGAAGAAGGUCAUGGAGUACUGUUAUGAACCUGAGAUGGAAGAGGCUUAUCGGUCAAGCAUGUUGAAGGCAUUCAAAAAGACCCUUGAUGAAGGGGUUUUCUCCUUUGUAAUUGUGGAUGACCGCAAUCUGCGGGUAGCUGAUUUUGCUCAGUUUUGGGCAACUGCAAAGAGAUCCGGUUAUGAAGUUUAUUUAGUAGAAGCUCCGUAUAAGGAUCCAGUGGGUUGCGCGGCUCGAAAUUUGCAUGGUUUCACUCGGAAUGACGUAGAAAAGAUGGCUGGAUGGUGGGAAGAAGCACCAUCAUUGUACUUGAAAUUGAAUACAAAGUCAUUGUUCGAAGGAGACGACUUGAAGGAAAGCGGGAUUCAAGAGGUAGAUAUGGAUACAGAAGAUGGAGAUUCUGCACAUGCCCUCCCUGGUUUGGAUGAAAGAAAUGAGAUCACAGUCCUUCUCUCGCAUGAUUGUUUGCCCGAUGGUUCAUCGAAGGAUGAUAAGAAAUGGGAUGCUGAAGGAGAGCAUCUUGCGGAAGAAGUGAAAGAAUUGGGCAGAAGUAAAUGGUCAGAUGAUUUGGAUGAUGGUAAUGCCAAAAGAACUGAAGCUACUAAAAGGAAUUUAAGUUCCGUUUCUGGGUUGAUCAAGGCUUAUGCCAAGGGAGGUAAAUCUGUGCAUUGGGGUGACCAGGUUGGCUCUACUGGCUUUUCCAUAGGUGUGGCUAGACGAGUAAACGUAUCCUUAGUUAUUGGGCCUGGAGCUGGAUACAACUUGAUAUCCAACCCUGUACCAGAAGAACCUGUGUCAACCCGGAUUACUGGCAAAUCGAAAGGGCAAAGUGUAUUCCAAGAGAGAAUCCGUGCAGAACGCGAGUCUUUUAAAGCCGUUUUUGACAAGAGGCGACAACGAAUCCGCGGUCUCAACCUGGAGGAGGAAUAAUAGUACAAGAAAAGUGGGUUUUCCAAGUUUUCUUGAUUUUUUUGAAAAUUCUUGUAGUACUAGGCAUCGUAGAUGAUGGGAGGAGUUAUAGUUGUUCGUUCCGCAUCCUUGUAAUUGUACAAUCUUGAUGGCUUUGAGCUAAUGGUAAAAUCAUCACCUAGGAUGAGGUAUUGCAGUGGUGGUGGUAACUAGUUCAUCCAAUUUUGUGAUUAAAAGUUGCAGUGUAAUACGAGUGUGAGCCUCUCUUAACUUG